AAGCUUAAAUAGAUUUCCUUAAGAGACACAGUCAAUCUGCAUUAAGGACACAGCACAGGACUCCAGAAUCCCAGCACUAAGUGAAACAGACCCCUCCAGGAUGCAGAGGCAUGAGAAAAAAUACCUGCUGGAUUUGGGUGAGGCAGUAAACACAAACUUACAGCACCUUCAAGAGGCUCUGCCCAACACCUGCUCAGCUGAAAGUUCUUCCCAGGGCAGUUCUGGGUCUGCCCAAACCUAACCCAUUGAAAUCAUGUUGUUUCCCAGUAACUCCUGCGUUCAUAAAUUCCUGAGCUUUCAGAGAAUCUAUGGAAGCUUUGCUGCAUAUUGGAAUUACCCUGUACUAAGUCCUUUCCAGCUGGUUUUCUCCCCUAUUGUUUGGGAAGAAAAGGAUAUUAAAAUCUAUUUUGCUCUCUACCCAGUACUGCUCAGCACCUGAUGCUUCUGCAGUGAGUGAAACAUGGGUUCUCCUCUUCUUUCAUCAGCAGGAAGGUUUUCUACCAGGAAAAAAAAAAAAAAAGGUCAUUUGUUCUCCCUCUGUUCUCAGAAUGAUCUUUUGUUUCUUUGUUACCUCCCUUUUUACACUUCACCUGCAUCUUCCCCGGGGCACUCCAUGGGUGAUGCUGUGGUUUGGUGCAGCCCAGGCCAGGAGAGGAUUUUCUCAGCCUGGACACUCAUUCUCCCAGGAUAAGAGGUGUUCCUUGGUACUGGAGCUCCUUCUCGCAAGAAUUUCAUCUAAAAUCACAAAAUCCUUCCCAUCACAUCCCUCCUGGAACUGGUUUGACACGCAAACAAGUGGGAAUAAGUAAAGUCUGCCAUUAAGUCCUGGCUGAAAUGGAAGAGCUGGCAGGAGCACAGGGACCAAAAGCUUCAGUAAGUACUCAAAUUUGUAAAGACUCCUGAUGGUCUCAUUGUUAAAUCUAUUUACAGCAGCAGGAAAGAUGAAAAAUUAGGGAAAGAAGCAGUUUCUUCCUCUUUUUAAAUCCACAUGGCAAAAGGGAUUGUAAUGAGUUGUCCAUUAAACAUCCAUCCAAUGUUAUUCCAAAUGCCAUGACAGGAUCUGCAGGGGAUUUGGGGUCAGUUAAUCCAGAAGCAGACUGAGGAGCCAAGCAGAGCUUGUUCUUCUGCAGCCCAAGUAAACAAGGCAUAACUGUGGUUAAAACCCAGUCCAGAGCUGGACCAAUACACCAGUCCUUCGUGGAACUGUGCCACAUGAAAGCCUUUGAAACCCAGGAAGGCAGAGCUGAGGCAGGAGGCAGAGGGAGAUUCAGCUGCAGUUUUGUUUCUCAGUCCCUGGCCCUGCUCCGUCCCAAGCAGUUUAGCGGGUAUUUUAUAAAACAAGUGUUCAAAGUUACCUUGCACCAUGCUGCAGGAAAUCAAAGGACAGGGAUUAGGGGUUUUAGAUGGGAACUGUAUUUUUAAUGUGUUUAGAGAUCCUUUAAUGCCCAGUGCCCUGGCUGAGUGGUGGUGACUCUUCUUGGAAAUGGUAAUUCAUUUCACUUCCCAGGAGAACCAGAUGGAUUUUGGUUUAUACCACUCAAACUCGUGCCAUGUGAGUUACUGAAAGGAAACAGGCUUGUUUUCCCGGCAGGCCUACAAGAGGAGAUGGAUAUAGUGGCCUGUACCAUCCCAAAAUUCACACCUGAGAGGAAAACAAACCAAGCUGCUCUUGAGGAAAAUGCUGCCUUUUCCUUUGUUUGGCCCUUUCAAGCCUCUGUGCUGAGUUUGCACCGAACUGUCAUCCAGAAAGGAGAUUAACACAAUAAACUGAUGCAAACCCAAACCUUCCUCAUUGGAAUGGCCUCAGUGGCUGCUUCCUGAAUUGAAUCAAUUUGUAUGAAAAGUUUAUCUGAAGAUGCCAAAGAGCCAACAUGUUACAACUCUUAACAGAAAGCGGGGGAUCUGCUCUUAAACUGAGCAGAAAGUAAGUGAAACAAAAUUUUGAGCAACGCUGACUGCAGCACACUGGGGAUGAGUAUGUACACUCUGUAUAACAUGUAAUUUGUCUAUUUAUAGAUAUGUAGAUAAUAUUUACUAUCAAUCCCACUGCACAGCCACUCCUAGCAGCUAUUUUGAAAACCUUUUGAUGUCAGCAAUAACGUUCACAAGUCCCAUCGUGGUGGGUGUCUGCAGAGACACCCCAAAGGCCCAGGGUGCCAGUAAAUAUCCUGCCUCUCACAGCGUGUCCCAAGUGCUGUGACUCAGGGCUGUGCACACGUCCAAUUAAACCAAAAUUUUCAUUCCGGAGCCUAAACCACUGGAGCUCUGAGCCAUAUCUGAUACAGAGCAGCUCCCUGGGGGGGAGGAAAAGUGAAUUAUUGAAAAAUUGGGAGUGCGAGUCAGAUCGGCAGCCCGAUUUUGGGAGGGCUGCUUCUCCUCGCUGCAGCUGUCACUGCUGCUGCAUCCUGCAGCUGGUGUUGGGGACAAAUAGUGACCAGAGAACCACGUCCUUGCUGCCUUGAAUGUGCUGUGAGAUAGAUGGCCAUUUGGUAGCCAGGAUGGACCGUUAAGUGCCAGUGCUUCUGGAUGCAUCUUCCCUGGGAAUCCCACAGUUCAUCUGGCUUUUGAGUGCCUCUGAGUUCAGUUUAGGGCAUUGUGACACGAGGUGCUCUUGUGCCUUGCUGUGGUUCCUGUGUCUUGGUUCAGAACUGGAGUAUUUUCAGGCUGUUUGUGCAAUGGGCUCUUGCAAGUUCUUGCAGGAUUUUCUUCUGAGGGCUCCUAAUUCCCAUCAGUGCAGCAACUUGAGCAAGAGCUUGAAUAAACCAACAGAAGUGUUGAAAGACACAAACCAAAGGAUUUCUUCUCCUCAGUUUUGCACUGACAGGGGCACGGUGCAUCUCCAGGGGAGAUUCACUGCAGAAAAUACACCCCUCAGUUCUCCCAAAAUAACCAUUCUUUGUUUAAAAUUCAAGGGUUUCCAGCUAAAAUGGUUUGGACAGAUUCAAAAUUAAAUUGCUUUGCUGGAAGUGAAAACUCACAGUGCUUCAAGAGCUUCUUUCAUUCUCAAAGUUGUAGUUGAUUCCUUUCUCUUAAGGUUUCCGAACAGGCAAUGCCAUAACAGCCUCAGCUUCUUUUGGUGACGUCAAAUCAUGGAGUGAGAUGUAAUUAUGGGACAAUGUUAUGUGUAAAGGAGACAUCACACCGUUCACCAUUAGAACUGAGUUGCAGUUAUUAGUGAAGUGCCUGCCUUGAUGUUUUCAAAGCUCCAGCAUGUUCUGUGUACCACCAAGCCUCUCUCCUCUGCCUCCUGGCCUGUUAUGAAAUGCUGCUCAGGAGUGAUUUUGGUUCUUGCCACAGCCAGACCAAGCAUUGAGAAAGAAGUUCUGAUUUCAACACUGAAAUCAUAAUUUCAACCACACAUUCAAAAUGCAGAUCCAGCAUAUGAACCCUCCCACCCCAUCUCAGGUGAUUUUACACCUGCAAACCUCUGGCCACAAUUAGCUAAUGAUUUGGAGGAAAUUACUGUUGAUCCUGACUCCAAGGUGAUACUCAUUGAGGAUCCUGAGCCCUGAGGAGAUAAUGUAGUGAGUAGAGCACUUGUUUUCCUGCUCAACUCCAAGCAGAAAAAAGUACAAAAAAAGAGGCAAUGUUCUUUUGACAGAAAAGCUCGAGUUAUGCCACUGCUCACCGUGAAAUUUCAGUGUUGCCAUCAAUUUCCACAUGAGCAGCACAGCAUUGAUUACAACCCCAAAACGUUACAAUUGUAACGGGCUUCAGCUGCAGCUGCACAGCCGGCACAAGUGCGCCUGAGGGUUUAAGGUGGAGACGAGUGAUUUUAAAUGGUAGCUUCGUGCUCACGAGCAGGUGCUGUGUAUUUCUCUCCCUACUUAAAAUUUAUAUUUUUAUCAAUAGAUUGCUUGAUUUCUAUAUACUGGAACUCCUUAAAAAUACAAACGAGCCGUGCUGUACCAUAUGCUCUCCUCUUUCGGUGGUGUUGGCCAUUCGCCUCAGUGACAGAAGGCGCCAAGGACUUGAUCGAACGCCCUCCAUGUUCUUACUUUACGUUCCCGCCGGGCUCCUUGGGGCCGUGAGGCGGGACGUGGUGCCCGGGCAGCCGCCGGUGGCCGCGGCCCGCCCGCUUCGUGCUAGGUUCGCCUCAGCAGACACCGCCGCCCCGACGGAGAGAGGCCCAGGCUGUACUCCGGGGACGACGAGGGGCAGCGCCCCGGACCGCUCGGCCCCGCCGCGGGGCGGGAGGAGCCCCCCGGCCCCGUGAGGGGAAUGGAAGGCGGGGGCGGGCGGGAACGAGCUCCAUUACAACGGACGGCGGGAAGGCCGUGCGCACGCGCGGUAGCGUGAGGGCCCCGUCCACGUCCCGCCGGCCGGGCCUGCGCGUGCGCACCGUGCCCGCAGCGAGCGGAACGACACGGCCGGAGCCCCGCGCAUGCGCUCCCGCCGCGCUCCGGGGCUCCCCGCCGUGGCGGUGGCGCGGGCAGGGCCGCCAGCCCGGGCCGCGGACAGUUAUCUGGACACCAGUAAAGAAUAGCAGAGCUGGCUGACAUGGUCACAGUUAUCCCUGUUGGAGUGGAGUCAGGCACCUGGAGGAGCUCCCACUGAGGUUUGGAAGGAUGCUGGGCUGGCCAGGGGUUCCCUUUCCUGUCAGCUUGAUCCUGGUGGUUGGGAUCUCUCCCAGCUCAGUUCCCAAGAGGAGAUAUAAAGUGAAUGUUUUAUUCUGGAGACGUGUUGGUAGAGGGCCACUUUGUUGUGUUCUGUUUUUCAUUCUUACUGGGCCUGCUUUGUACCAUUUUGCUGAUCCAUGUUUACUUGAAGGGCACGGCUGGGCUAUAGAUUUGGCACCUCACUGAACAGGGCUUUCGUAAGUGUCCCUCUGAUGCUCUGUAGCUUACCAUGAUGGUCCUGCACGUGCUCUGCACAAACUGAGGUGCCUACCUUAUGAUCCAGAGUCUUCUGUAGAACCAGCUUCGAAAGCAGGUGAGGUCCUUGGAGAGAAAACAUGCUCUGCUGAAUGUGGAUUAAGUGUGGAAGAAUGAACUGUUGGAAGUGCCCAUUCUGUCUGGUGACCUCACUGGAGUCUGGAGAAUGGACAUCUCUGAGGUGCUGGAAGGGCUGAUGCAAAUCUGACUGAUUCUGGUGCUUUCCCCUGCCCUACAGUCCUCACAGUGUUCCUGGAAAGCCAAUGGAUGAGCAGGACAAUGAUUUUAAAGAGUUGUGGGCAAAUAUUUUGAGUGGGGCAAAGAAAAAGGCUGGGGAUGCUGAGGCAGCAAAGAGGGUUCAGAACAGGCCAAAGAGCACCACAACACGAAGCAAAUUAAGAAGAGGCAAAGCUGCUGCUAAGAGCCAAACCCAUCAUCACUUACCAGCAGUGAAGGAGAAAAACUUACUUCAAAAUCUGGGUCCAAAGGAGCAAGCAUUGGUGCACGAAGAAGAUGAUGAUGCUGCAGCCUGGAGUGGUGAGACUGCACAGGGGGAUGGGGCAAGAAGCCCUCUCCCUGCCAGCCAGCUGAGCACAGGGACCUCUGAGUGCAGCCAGAGGUCUCUGGCAGGAUCCUGCUCCUCACCCACCCCCAAGGUGCGGGUGGCAGAGCUGGUGGUGGAGAGAAUGCAGCAGUUCAAGAGGGUGGCACCUGAGCAGCUGAAGCACAGCUCGGACGGGAGCAUGCCAAAGGCUGCGGCCAGCGGGGAUUGCCCUGCCUGGAGCCAGGAGCAGAAGCCUCCUGAGGAUGAUACCCACCAUCUCCCAUCCGUGGAACACGACAGUGUUCUGGCUUUGGCUCUUCAGCAGGAAUCCAAGGAGGAAGCCCUGGCAAGCCUGGAGGAUGCGGGCUUGUUCUUCUGUCAGAUCUGCCAGAAGGAUCUCACAGCCAUGAACACCCUGCGGCGAGAGCAGCACGUCAACAGGUGUCUGGAUGAGAUGGAAGAAGCACAGAUGUCGUCCUCCAGCAAACCAGUGGUCCCUGAGUGUCCCAUCUGUGGGAAGCAGUUCCAAACCCCGCAGAGCCGAGUCAGUCACCUGAAACGCUGUGCUGUGGAGAUGGAUGUGCCUCCCAGCCUGCUGCUUCAGGCAGUGCAGCUGCAGGUGGCCACGCUUGGUGACGCUGCUCUUCAGUGUCCCAGCAAUCAGCCCAGCAGGGCAAAGCGGAAAGGCCCCUCCAACGAGGACUUGAGGAAAACACAGAAGAGGGCCAAAAUGGAGCCUAAGGAUGAAGAUUUGCAGGUUGCCAUGGCAAUGUCACGCUCUCUAUUGGAGCAAGAAAAGCAGGAACAAGCAAAAUCAGUUACAAAUGUGAAAGCAGUGGCUGCUUUCCCGAUCAAAUGGAAGCCAGGAUCAGAGAAAAAAAGGCGUAGGAAAGGCACCAGUGCCCCUCCACCUCUGCUGCUCCAGGACCCGGAGAAGGUCCACAAGAGGAUCCAGGAGAGAGUAGCUAUGAUGCUGACAGAAGAGGUGGAAUUCCCUCCCACCCCUCAGCUGCCCACUAGCAGGAUUCUGGAGGACAAAUCUGGAAAAGCAGCCUGGCUCAUGCCAUUGUGCAAAGCCAAGAAAUGCUUCUUAUGGAACAUCAGUGCUCUGACAGGACCCUGUGACCCUGAAUCAUUCUACACUGCAGCCUUAACCCCUCCAAUUGUACCCUGGAAGCCUGUGCAGAAUAAGGCAGAGAGCCUUCAGCCAUCACUGGGAUCUCAUCAGCCAAAAGUAUCCCAGCAAACUCAGCCUGACCUCAGUUCUCAGGAACCCACUUGCACAAAAGUUGGAGGCCAAACUUCUGAUGAAUCCAAGCCAGGCCCUGAAGGAGAUGGGCAGCUUUUAUCCCCGAGCCAGAAGGACAUUCAGACCCUGCAGGACCUGGUGGAGUUGGCCAGGGAAGGACUCACCCUUACUCAGUGGAACCUUGACACUGGCCAUGUUCAGGCAGCAGAGCAGCCAGGAGAAGAACUGACUUCCAGUGAUCCUCCACUUAGUGGCUUUGUGCCCCCAUCCAAGAAGAAGAGCCUCCUCAGGAGCAGCAGUAAAAGAUCCUCUCUCGGGCUGCUGGCUCAAGAUUUUGGUGCCAUGGUCAACAACCCCCACCUGAGUGAUGUCCAGUUCCAGGUGGACAGCGGGGACGUCCUCUACGCCCACCUGUUCGUGUUGUACGCGCGGUGUCCGGCGGCGGCUCAGGCUGUGCACAGCGAGGGGCUGCUGGUGGAGGAGGACGGGGCCGCGCCGACGCGCCGGGCGCUGCUGAGCGAUGUGUCGGCCGAGGCUGUGGCUGCCUUCCUGCGGUACCUCUAUGCUGCUGACACCAACUUCCCUGCUGGGCUGCGGCCCCAGCUGCAGGCUCUGGCUGCCAGGUUUGGUGUGAAGGAACUGAUGGCAGAGUGUGAAAGCAGCACUGGAGAGAGCCAGGUGUCCUUCGGAGUGGAUUCAGAAGAUGAUCUUAUCUCUGUGAGGGAUGAUGAAGAUUGUGAGGACAGAGCUGAGAACUUCCAAGACCUCUUGAAGUCAGUGUGGGUGGGUGAAGAUGAGGAAGAAGGAGCUAUGCUGAGCCCUGAGUGCCAGAAGGAGGAUGACAGUGAGGUGGGAGAACAAGAGCUGGAGGAAAUCUAUGAGUUUGCUGCAACUCAGAAAAAGAUGGCUCAAGGUGAAAGAGAGGUGAGCAAGGGAACAGUCUGCAGCAUCUGCAGUGACACCGAGGCAGCCCAAGGUACAAACCAGCAAACUGAGCAGGAAGAGGUAAAGAGACCUGAAUCUGUUUCAGUAAGCAACAGCCUCAAAGAUCCAAGAGAUGGCAACAGUGUGGAAAGAUCUAAAUGUGACUUGUCUGCACAAGAAGAGAAGAUACAGAAUAUAAAUAGGUGCAAGAGCAUGAAUGAUCCACAGACCUCUAUUGUGCCUCACCACACUAAACCUCAGAAAUGGGAUGGAACAUCCCAUGGUGCUAAUGAAGGAGGGGCUCUUGGGGAAUGUGAGGAUGUGAAGCAUUCCAGGUCACCUCAGGUCUCACAUGACAAGGCAGAUCACUGUGAAGAGCAGUUUCCUGGUUUCCAGGGUGAUACUGGUAUAAAUGACAGCUAUGAACGUUUGUUUUCUGCCUCUCAGGGGAAUCACUGUGAACCUUCCCCAGUGAAAGGAGUUACCAAAGAAUCAGGAAAAUCCCCUAGUAAAAAACAUAUUGGUCUUAAUGAUUCACUUGUGUUCAGCAAGUCACAAAAAGACUGCUCUCCAUGUAAGAAUGGAUUUUGUGGGAGUCCAACUCCCCUGCCUAAUGUGUCCCUUUUUCCUGCUCUUGGCUCUUCACCUGCAUCUCCAAAAUCAGAGGGAAGGUUUGCCAGGGAGCAUGUGUCAACACCAAAGCAAAACAAAAAGGAAAAAUCAUUCCCAUCUGAUGAAAUACACUCCCAGAAAGCCAUGGAGCUGGGUGCUGCAUCAAAAAAUGAGAUCACAGUUUCUCCAGCAGAGCUUCCUCCCAGUGAAUCAAACAAGCACACACAUGUCCCAGUGUUGUCAUCACCAGGCAGGACUCAGGAUGCUGCAGCUCAGGGGAUCAAGGAGGGUGAUGUUAUUGUUUUAUCUUCUUCUGAUGAUGAAAUGGAGUUACAACAAGGCAAGAAGCUGCCAGAGUCUGACUCUGCUCUGAAGGAAGUGGAAGUCCCUGGGCACCUGAAGUGUACAGACAUGGGACAAGGUCCUGACAUACCAAAACCUGACCAUAACUCAUCAGUCCCUGAAACAGAGCAGAGAUCAGCCCAGGUCUCAUGUGGCAAUACAGACACAGAGUGUGUAAGUGGUGAUGUAAAGGUGUCCCCUGAAUUUCCUCUCAGCAGACAAACAGGUGCUUGUAGAGAGACCAAACAGAGUCCGAACCUGAGUCCUGGGAAGAGGCCCAGUAAUGAAAUGUCUCCAGGUACAGACAGCUCCUGGCUUGUGCCAGGAACACCUGUUCUGAGCAGAAGCAGAAGCUUUUCAACACAGACUCUGGUCACAAGUAUUAAUUCUUUAAAGGGUCCAGGAUCUAAACUCAGCACUAAGAACUUAGUAGCAGGUAAUAGUAACCAUGAAAUGGCUGGAAAUUUAAUUAAAGUUCAUGAAACAACAUUGUCAGACAAACAUUUGCCUAUGGAGACCUUGGCCAGUGGAAGGAGCCCACCCAGCAGCCCAGCAGCAGAAUCCUUUUCCAAGAACCCCCAUCCAGUUUCUCCAGUAGAUCCAGUUCUCCUCUCCCCUGGCCACACCAGCACAGAAGGCAAAUGUGCCACUAUCUCAGGUUUACCCACACUGGUGCCUCCGUGCCAGGAGCAGCCACUGGAAGAUAAAAUCAACAUCAGUGUGGUUGAGCUGGAGGACAGUGACCGGGAAGUAAGUCUGCCUUCUCUGGGUAGCAGUGUCCUGCUGUGUGAGGAGCCCCCAAUCCCUGUUGAUGACUGCUGGCACGUUGGGUAUCUGUCACCAGCCAGAGGUGACAGCCAUGACUCCGGCCAGGUCAGCCGUGCAAAGACCAGCAUGGCCAGCAGCCCCAGCCCUGGCUCUUGGCAGGAGCAGGGGGAGAGCCCAGUCCAGGUGCAGGGAAUUCAGGGCAGCACCCCUCUCCAAGGAAGUCCUGCUGGCAGGAGAACAACUUUGCACUGCCCUGAGAAGAGCCCUAUUGAGCCCUGCUCAUCAGUGGGCAGCAGAGCCAGUUACCUGGACUCCAAAAUCUGGGAUGACUGGAAUGGAGAAGAGAAGGAAGAUGAACUUCCAGAGAUUCUGCCUCUGUCUCAGAGGCUGGCAGCUGCAGCAGGGGCCGGUGGGACAGAUCCUGUCAAGACUCCUGAACCUUCCUGUCAGGAGAACAACAGGUCCCCCAGCACUCCAGUGACACCCAUGCCAGCUUACUCCAUCAUGGAGACCCCGCAGCUGAAGAAGGAGCUGAGCAGAUUCGGUGUCCGUGCUCUCCCAAAGCGCCAGAUGGUGUUGAAGCUGAAGGAGAUAUUCCAGUACACUCACCAGGAUGGGGACUCUGACUUUGAGGAUGAAAUCUCCUAUUCCCAGCCCCUCCCACAGAAGUCCCCGAGGCAGCCAAAGGCAGGCCAGGCUGCGGGCAGGAAUCGCGCCGGCGCCCCGAGGGCUGUGGGCAAGAGGAAGCAGCUUGUCAAGGCCGAUGGUGCAUCCCAUGGAACAGGCUGUGCCGCACCCAAGAACAGAACUAAAGUGACACAUCACCCAGAAGGAGCCAAAGAGCAGGACAGGCCAUCUCUGUCCCUGGCAGCUGAUGGCGAGGAGCUGCCGGCAUCCCAGGAGUCGGCACGUUCUUCGUUGGAUGGAAGUGACAUCUCCUUUGGUUCACAGAGUUCCUUUGUGAAUGGAUUUGAAACCCGUGGUUUUACAUCUGAGGAGGAGGAAGAGGAAUUUCCAGCAUCUCAAGCAGCAGCUCGGGAAGAGGAGAAGCUGGAGGCAGUCAGGUGCUACAUCCGCUCAAACACGGCCCUGUACAACAGGAUUCUCUUCUACGAGCCCAUCGAGCUGGCUGAUCUGCACGCAGAGCUCAAACAGAAUGGCAUUAAAAUUUCCAAGGCAAAGCUGCUGGACUUUCUGGAUUCUCAGUGCAUCACAUCUACCAUGGCCAGAGCCCGGAAAGAGCAGGAGCAGAAAAGGAAGGAGAGCAGAAAACAGAGACGGCGAUACCGAGUGAAGCCCACCCCUACGUGCUGAAAAUCCUGUACGUGGAUUGCUGCCGAGCUGGAAAGCCCCGUUCCCUGCUGCUGCUGCUCCGGCAGCAGGCGAUGGGUGGAGCACUGCUGCUCCUCGUGGCCUGAUCCCAGGUGACAUCCUGGAGAACGGGCCUGAGCUGCGCUCCCAUUGCCGGCCCUCUGCUCUGAUUGCACAAACGCCCCGUGGCUGCCCUGCCUUCAGCACACAGCUCACCUGCAACCUCUUUUCACCCAGUUUGACUCUUGUGCCUUUUCUUUCCAUUAUUCCAAUAGAUCUUAACUCCUCAACUUCUCUUUAUGCUGGUGCUUCCCUCAGUGCCAGGACCUGUUUCCUGGAUUUGGGCUGUGAAAUGGCUCACCCUUCACGUUCCAGGAUUCAAUCCACUCUGUCAAGCACUGCCUGUUUACACCCCUGUGACUUCCAUCCUCACUUCUUCAGCACAGUUUGCACUGCUGAUUUUUAAGGCAGGGAAUGCUCUGGAAAUACAGAAAAGGCUUUUUUUCUUGCUUCACUUGGCAAUCUCUACUAAAACUCCUAAAUCUGUGUUUCUGAAAUGGCUGCAGAACAGGGCAGGGGUUUGUUCUGUUCCCUUUGUGACACCUCCCAAAAGCACCCCUGACACCUGAUGUCACAGGAAAGCCCCUGGCAGAGGUGUCUUUAAGAAAAUAUUUAAGUGAGCACUGGAACUUUUCAGCACUUCUCACAGCUUGAGCUACUGCUUGGAUCAGUCCCAUUGCCAAACUGGACUGGUCCCAGUUGUAAAGUGUCUGUGACUUCUGGAGAAGUCUUGGACCCUAAAUUGUUGUAUUUUAUAUAUUGAAUAUUUACCUUCAUGACAACUUCUGACUUCUGGCAGUUCUGAGUGUGCAAAGGCUCACUGAAAAACAGGGACAGAACACAAAAAGAGGUCAGAUUUCUAGAUGUCUUUGUAUAUGUUGGACAUUUUUUUUAUACAUAAUUUGAUUUUUAUUUACAUUAUAUACAAUAAACAAUUUAAAUCCUGUCCAUUCUCAUAUGGAACAGUAAACAAA